AGGGCAUAGGGCCGUUGUUGAGUGGUAAUUGGGUGGGCGUAACUACACUAACCUUUAUCUUGGAACCAAUCACAUUCACAUUCACCAAUCAUUGAUUAACAUAACACCCUGUUUAGCCUCUUAAGAUUAGAACGCACUUUCCAGAAUACUCUCUUAAAACUGCCCGCUUUUUUAAAGCAAUAAGAAAAUAAAAAGUUGUGAUAUUCUUGGCUUCUUUGCUCAAAAGAAAGAAAAAGUGACUGCAAUUAUUGUCAUAUGCCAGCAAAGCAAGAUAUCACUACUUUACCUUUCUCCAAUCUCCUCUGUAUAAUAGUGUAAUCUCCCAAGCUUAGUUUGGCAAAGAAGAGAAAAAUGGAGAGGGAAGAAGAUGUGAAAGUUGGAGCAAACAAAUUCUCAGAGAGGCAUGCACUGGGAACAGGAGCAGAGAGUGAGAAGCCGGAAUACAAGGAGGCACCACCAGCACCAUUGUUUGAGCCUGGUGAGCUCAAGUCAUGGUCCUUCUACAGAGCCGGAAUAGCUGAGUUUGUGGCCACAUUCUUGUUCCUCUAUAUCACCAUCUUAACCGUCAUGGGAGUGAACAGAUCUCCCUCCAAGUGCUCCUCCGUUGGCAUUCAGGGCAUUGCUUGGUCUUUCGGCGGCAUGAUCUUCGCCCUUGUUUACUGCACUGCUGGAAUCUCCGGCGGACACAUAAACCCGGCGGUGACCUUCGGGUUGUUUCUGGCAAGGAAGCUUUCACUGACAAGGGCAGUGUUCUACAUGGUGAUGCAGUGUCUUGGAGCCAUUUGCGGCGCUGGUGUGGUGAAGGGGUUCGAAGGGAAUGCGAGGUUUGAGAUGUAUAAAGGUGGAGCUAAUAUGGUUAACCAUGGAUACAGCAAAGGUGAUGGGCUUGGUGCUGAGAUUGUUGGUACCUUUGUUCUUGUUUACACUGUAUUCUCUGCUACUGAUGCUAAAAGAAACGCAAGAGACUCACAUGUUCCCAUUUUGGCGGCAACCAUUCCUAUCACUGGAACUGGGAUUAACCCAGCUAGGAGCCUUGGUGCUGCCAUCAUCUUCAACAGAGACCAUGCAUGGAAUGAUCAAUGGAUUUUCUGGGUUGGGCCUUUCGUUGGAGCUGCUCUUGCUGCCGUGUACCACCAGAUAGUCAUCCGAGCUAUUCCUUUCAAGUCAAGGCCUUAAUUCAUCGUCAUCGUUUCAUAUGUCUGCUCCUCUCUUUGAAUGUUUGAUGUCGUGUGUGUGUAAAUUGAUGGAGAAGUCUUUCGUGCUACCGUGCUUUGUGUUUAUUAGACUUUGAUCUUUAUUUAUCUGUUCUAUGUUGGUUUUUCUGGUUUGAAAAAGAAAAAAAGAAAUGAAUGCAUCGAAAUCGUGAAUAUUAGAA